AUGGCCCUAAGCGAUGCCGUGGACGCUUUGAUUGGGGGCCAUGGCCUCACAAUGUCCCUCGUUUUGGGAGGCGUAUUCAUUGUCGUCUUCUGGCGCCUCUCUACUCCUCGCCUUGAUCCGCAAGAGCCUCCGAUCUUGAAAGCCCGGAUACCCGUGAUUGGGCACUUCCUAGGCAUGUUGCUCAACUCGCACGGCUACUGGAAAAUGUUAUAUGACGAAAAUCCCAUGCCAGCAUGCACACUACCCAUGCUUGGCGGCAAGAUGUAUAUCAUCAACGAGCCAUCGCUGAUCAGCGCCGCCUUUCGUGCCCGUAGCCUGAGUUUUGACCCACACUUGAUCAAAACGAUCAAGUACACGACUCCCAUCUCGGCCAAGGCAAUGGACAUCCUGAACAGUGAUGGGUUUUGGCCCCGCUGGGUCAAGCUGUUCUACUCGUCCAUGACGGGCACUGAUCUAUUCAAGAUGAACAUUGUCGUACUCGGAGAUAUAUUUCGACAGAUCAACUACCUUCCUCUGAAUAUGGAGGUUGAAGAUACCAGCAUAUGGCUGCGGGGGAUGCUUACAACUUCGACAAUCACUGCAUUGCUGGGAAAGGACAAUCCUCUUUGCAAAGACAGAAGUUUGAUCGCCAAGCUCUGGGAAUGGGAGGGGUGUCUACAUCACUUUUUGCUUGGCCCAGCACCGUGGUUAACAAGUUCAUCCGCCUACCAAGCGCGUGCAGACAUACAUAAAGCUUUGACCGAAUACUUUGCAUCUGCAGCACCAUUAGCUCCCGACGUUAGCGAACUUACAAUAGCAGCCCUCAGUUUGCAAGAUGAGUACGAUUACAGCGCCAAAGACAAGGCAGCCAUGAUGAUGGCUAUUCUGCAGGGCGCCUUGGCCAAUACCAUCCCCACCGCCUACUGGUUCACCAUGCACCUCUUCUCAAGACCGGCCCUCGUUGCCAAGCUGCGUAAGGAGCUCAAGCCGCUCGCAGUGCCGGGACCUCAGCUGGCCAACGGCAAACAGGAGAUGUUGCUCGAUAUCCGGGGCCUUGAGAGCCGGGCCCCGCUACUCAUGGCCGCAUACCGCGAGACCCAGCGCACCAUUGGCGUCGGGUGCCUCCACCGCUGGGUCAAGUCCGACACGCUGCUGACCUCGGCCACGGACCCGGGCAAGACCUACCUGCUGAAAAAGGACACGCCGCUAUUGAUGUCAAUGCUCGUGAACCACCAGCAUGAGGCACACUGGGGCGCAAAUGUCUCCGAGUACCAGCCAGAGCGGUUCCUGCGGUCCGAUUCCAGGGACGACGAGCGCGAGUUCAACGCUGGGGCGCCCGUGCCGAGGGGCGCUUAUACACCCUUUGGAGGCGGAAAGCAUCUCUGUCCCGGAAAAGACUUUGCAAAUGCCGAAAACUGGGGGACGAUGAUUGCCUUUCUCCUGGGAUUUGAUUUCACGACACCAGAGGGAGAAACCUUGGAGGUGCCGCAACGCACGAUGCCUCUACCCGCGAAUACGCUCGGCAGGCCGACCGCAGGUUCCGAUCUGAGAUCCAGUGUUAGAAGAAGAAAAGGCUGGGAAAAUGUGGUCUGGAAAGUCGGGGAGCCAACAAUCUCAAAAGAUUCGUGA